AUGCAAUGAAAGGAGGAAAGUGGAAAGACUGGAAAACACUUGAACAAGGACCAUGGAGUUUCAGUUGGCUGCUGUGUUGGUCUGCCUUUUUUCUUUUAGUUUUUCCCUUCCUGUGCAAAUUGGAAUCCUUGCAAGUAACAGUAAUGAGAUUUUGCGGCUGAACGGGCUGACACUGACCAACCUGGGCUUCGGUCAAGCACAAGUACAAGCCUCUCCCUUCCUGCCCCAGUACGUGCUCCAGCAGCAGGCAGAGUUGGCUCGCACCCCCCAGUUGGUGAACCUUAACCCCCAGCUGACAGGCCCCUUCGGGCCGAUGGGUCCCCAGAUGUUGUUCCCUGCCCAGGGGAACCAGCUUACUCCCCAAAUAUUCCCAAACGCCCAGCAGGAGCCGCAGCCCGGGACUCCCCAGGACCCAAACAGCCCCCACCAGACACACAACACACAACAGCAGAUGGUUCCCCAGUACUACCCAUCCUUCGCCUACCCUCAGCCACCCAGAGUUCAGGGCUACCCCUACUACCAAUAUACACCCUAUGGUUACCCUCAGAUGAGGAACUCUCCAUCGGUCAUGCAACCAACCAUCAACAACGGUCAGGGCCAGCAGAACCCGGAGAAGACCACCCAGAACCCACAGCUCCCCCUGCAGCAAGCAAUCAAACCACCGGGGCAGGGAGAAAUGACAUGGCCCAAGGACAGACCGACAGAGUCCUCCCCCCUGCCCCCUGAUCACCGUGGAGACACAGCUGACCCCGGCAUUGAUGAGGGCCGUCCUAACUUCCCCUUCAUAUUUGAGCCCUAGACCACGUGGGCAUCAAGAGCCAUCAAGCAUAAUCUUUGCAUCACUGUCAUUGAUGUAAAUGAUCAGGACAAUUUUGAGCAACAGUAUAAUGCAUUGUCAAAUAAAACCACUCAUGCGAC